AUGAAAGUAGAAAUAUUCGGAGUUGUCCGAUCAAUGAUGUCAUUCCGCUUGACCGGCGGAACUAAAGAUUACAUAGUUGUUGGAUCUGAUUCUGGCCGCAUAGUUAUAUUAGAAUAUAUACCAGCCAAAAAUAUUCUUGAAAAAGUUCAUCAAGAAACUUUUGGAAAAUCAGGAUGUAGACGAAUUGUCCCAGGACAGUACUUGGCCAUUGAUCCUAAGGGGAGAGCUGUUAUGAUUGGUGCAAUUGAAAAGCAAAAAUUAGUGUACAUAUUAAACAGAGAUGCUGAAGCCAGAUUGACUAUUUCAUCACCUUUGGAAGCACAUAAAUCUAACACAUUGGUUUACCACAUGGUGGGAGUAGAUGUAGGCUUUGAAAAUCCCAUGUUUGCCUGCUUGGAAAUUGACUAUGAAGAAGCAGAUGCAGACCCAACUGGUAAAGCGGCUCAAAAUACACAGCAAACUCUCACAUUUUAUGAAUUAGAUUUGGGUUUGAAUCAUGUUGUAAGAAAAUAUUCAGAGCCCUUAGAAGAGCACGCAAACUUUCUGAUAACUGUGCCUGGUGGAAAUGAUGGUCCAUCAGGAGUAUUAAUUUGUUCUGAAAAUUAUUUGACAUACAAAAAUUUGGGUGACCAACAUGAUAUUCGAUGCCCUAUUCCUAGACGAAGAAAUGAUUUAGAUGACCCUGAAAGAGGAAUGAUCUUUGUAUGCUCAGCAACACACAAAACAAAGUCCAUGUUCUUUUUCUUGGCACAAACUGAGCAAGGUGAUAUAUUUAAAAUAACCAUAGAGACUGAUGAAGACAUGGUGACAGAGAUUAAGCUAAAAUAUUUUGAUACUGUUCCUGUCGCUACUGCUAUGUGCGUGUUGAAGACUGGCUUUCUGUUUGUAGCGUGUGAAUUUGGCAACCAUUACCUGUACCAAAUUGCACACUUGGGUGAUGAAGAUGAUGAACCAGAGUUCAGUUCGGCCAUGCCAUUAGAGGAGGGUGACACAUUCUUCUUUGCUCCUCGUCCUCUUAGAAACUUGGUACUUGUGGAUGAAUUGGAUUCACUAUCUCCUAUUUUAGCUUGCCAUGUAGCAGACUUGACUGGGGAAGACACACCACAGGUUUAUUUGGCGUGUGGACGGGGGCCAAGGUCUUCUUUAAGGGCUUUAAGGCAUGGUUUGGAAGUGGCUGAAAUGGCCGUCUCGGAACUUCCUGGAUCUCCUAACGCUGUAUGGACUGUGCGCCGCCAUAAAGAUGAUGAGUUUGAUUCUUACAUCAUAGUGUCAUUCGUAAAUGCUACACUUGUGCUCUCUAUUGGUGAAACUGUAGAAGAAGUGACAGACUCAGGCUUUCUGGGAACUACUCCCACGUUAAGUUGUCACGCUCUCGGGAGUGAUGCUCUGGUCCAAGUGUACCCAGAUGGCAUACGGCAUAUUCGCGCAGAUAAAAGAGUUAAUGAAUGGAAAGCUCCAGGCAAAAAGUCGAUUGUAAAAUGUGCUGUCAAUCAAAGACAAGUUGUAAUUGCUUUAACUGGAGGAGAAUUAGUCUAUUUCGAAAUGGAUCCUACUGGUCAACUUAAUGAGUACACAGAAAGAAAAAAAUUAUCAUCUGAUGUAUCUUGCAUGGCAUUGGGAUCAGUGGCUACCGGGGAACAACGAGCGUGGUUCUUAGCCGUGGGCCUUGUUGACAAUACAGUCAGAAUUAUCUCCUUAGAUCCUGCAGACUGCUUAGCCCCUCGUUCUAUGCAAGCAUUGCCAGCUAGCCCCGAGUCACUUUGCAUAGUAGACCAGCCAUUUGAAUCUGGUGCAAAAUCUGCCCUGCAUUUAAACAUUGGACUGAGUAAUGGAGUGCUUUUGAGAACUACUCUAGAUUCUGUUAGUGGAGAUUUGGCGGAUACGCGAACUAGAUACUUAGGAUCUCGUCCGGUUAAGCUAUUUAAAGUGAGAGUACAAUCGGCGGAAGCGGUAUUAGCCGUAUCUUCUAGAACCUGGUUAGGAUAUCAAUAUCAGAAUCGUUUCCAUCUCACUCCACUUUCAUAUGAAUGCUUGGAGUAUGCUGCUGGCUUCAGCUCAGAACAGUGUACUGAGGGUAUUGUCGCCAUCUCUUCCAACACACUUAGAAUUUUGGCAUUAGAGAAAUUAGGUGCAGUUUUCAACCAAACAUUCCAACAAUUAGAAUAUACCCCCAGAAAAUUUGUUAUUAAUUCUGAUAACAAUCAAAUCAUUAUAUUGGAGACUGAUCAUAAUUCUUACACUGAAGAAAUGAAGAAACAAAGAAGGGUUCAAAUGGCACAAGAAAUGAGAGAAGCGGCAGCGGGGGGAGGUCCAGAAGAACAGCAGUUAGCAAAUGAAAUGGCAGACGCGUUCUUAACUGAUGUACUGCCAGAAAAUGUGUUCUCAUCUCCUAAAGCUGGGGCUGGUAUGUGGGCGUCCCAAAUCCGCGUAGUGGACGUGAGCACGACGGGCGCGACGCCCGAGACGCUGUUUAAGCUGCCGCUGGAGCAGAACGAGGCGGCUGUGUCGCUGUGCGCGCUGCGCUGGUCCGCGCACGCCGAGCACGCCGCGCUGCACCUCGUGGUCGGCGUGGCCAAGGACGUGGUGCUCUCACCGCGCACCUGUGUCGAGGGCAGCUUGCACGUUUAUAAGGUUUAUAACACAGGUAAAUUAGAACUAGUACACAAAACACCAGUAGACGAAUACCCAGGUGCCUUAGCCGCGUUCAACGGAAAGCUACUCGCUGGAGUCGGCCGCAUGUUAAGACUGUACGACAUUGGUCGAAGAAAACUUCUGCGCAAAUGCGAGAACAGACACAUUCCAAACCUCAUUGCAGACAUUAAAACUGUCAGACAAAGAAUUUUUGUAUCGGACGUACAAGAAUCCAUUUUCUGUGUAAAAUAUAAGAAGAGAGAAAAUCAACUGAUCAUAUUUGCAGAUGAUACAAAUCCCAGAUGGAUAACAAAUAGCUGUGUAUUAGAUUAUGACACAGUUGCAAUGUCUGAUAAAUUCGGAAAUAUAGCAGUUAUGAGGCUGCCACAGUCUGUGACGGAUGAUGUUGAUGAAGAUCCAACAGGGAAUAAAGCACUUUGGGAUAGAGGUUUAUUAAAUGGAGCAUCACAAAAAGGGGACAUUGUAGUGAAUUUCCAUGUUGGAGAAACAGUCACAUCAUUACAAAGAGCUACUCUAAUACCUGGAGGGUCAGAAGCAUUGCUGUAUGCCACUGUUAGUGGUUCCCUUGGAGUCCUUUUGCCAUUCACUUCAAGAGAAGAUCAUGACUUUUUCCAACAUUUAGAAAUGCACAUGAGAAGCGAAAACCCGCCGCUAUGUGGACGGGAUCACCUGUCUUUUAGAAGUUAUUAUUACCCAGUGAAGAAUGUGAUCGAUGGAGACCUGUGUGAACAAUUCAACUCGUUAGAUCCCGCCAAGCAGAAGUCCAUAGCAGGAGAUCUGGAAAGAAUGCCCGCGGAAGUGUCGAAAAAACUUGAAGAUAUAAGAACAAGAUAUGCGUUU